UAUUAUCAUUACUACUACUACUACUACUACUACAAUGAAAUCGCCGCCGAAACCGAUACAUAAUGUCCGACACGUUACCGAUAUUAUCGGUGAAUGGGGUCUAUGGCAGCUAAAUGUGGUUAUGUUUGCAUUAAGUUGUAAUAUAUUUCUGGCAUUUCAUACAUUGUCGGUAUCUUUUUAUGCACCAACUACUAGCUACUGGUGCUCAGAUAAUAAUAAUAAUAAUAAUGAUGAUGAUGAUGGUACAGGUGCUGCUAAUAUUGGCAAUCAAACAUUGAAAUCAACUGAUUAUUAUUGUCUGAAUGGAUGUCAAAACUGGACGUUUGAUAAGUCAGUAUUCAAAUCGACAAUCAUUGAUGAGUGGCACCUAAUCUGCGGCCAUCAGGAACUGUCAUCAGUUAGCCAAUCGUUACAUAUGUUAGGUCACGGUCUGGGAGCCAUCAUAUUUGGCUAUCUGUCUGCACGUUUUGGCCGCAAACCAGUACUAUGGGUGACAAUCAUAUUGGAAAUGCUGGCCGGCCUAUCCAGUGCACUGUCAGUCAAUGUAAUACAUUUUACAUUAUCCCGACUCGUACUGGGAAUGGCAACAAACGGUCGUUAUCUAACAUCGUUUAUAUUAGUUACCGAAAGUGUUGGACCUAAAUAUAGGGCCACAUUAGGUCUAUGUUUUCAUUUGGGUUGGGCACUCGGUUAUUGUCUAUUACCGGGCAUAGCCUACUUGUUGCCUAACUUUCGCCAUAUGAUAUUAGUAACAUCAAUACCGGAAAUCUUAUGGAUUGUAUGGCUGUAUUGGAUACCGGAGUCGCCCCGUUGGCUGAUAACUGAAUGUAAAUGGGAUCGCUUGGAACCGGUACUCAAACGGGCUGUCCAUAUGAAUUCAUUGCCAAUCAGUGACUUUCCGGGUCAGUUUCAAUCGUUGAAAAAGUAUUAUAUAGGCGAUGAUAAAAAACAAAUAAAAAGUGAUAAUAAUAAUAAUAACAAAAAGAAAUCAUAUAUUUGGGAUGUAUUGAAGUCACCCAACUUGAGGAGGACAACCCUAAUCAUGUACUUUACGUGGUUUGUCAAUGCAUUUGUCUAUUUCGGUAUAUCGUUAAAUAUUGGCGACUUUGGCUUCAAUUUGUUUAUCAACUUUUUGAUUGCCGGCCUAUUGGAAAUACCCAGCAGUUUGUUGCCGAUAAUAGCUAUCAAUUAUAUGGGUCGCCGGCCACUUACAGCUGGGCUUAUGUACUCGAGUGGACUGUCGUGUUUGGCUAUCAUACCGUUGCUGAUGAUGUCCACGGAAUGGCCCCGAGUAACCAUUGCAUUGAUUGGCAAGUUUUUUAUAACCAGUUCCUAUGCUGUUAUCUAUCCAUACGCUGCCGAAAUCUAUCCAACUGUAGUCAGACAAGUGGGUCUCGGGUCGUGUUCGGUGGCUUCGAGUCUCGGCUGUAUAAUAGCGCCGUUUGUUAAGGAUGUGAGUUUAAGCACCGGUAUGAAUGUUGUACUAUAUAUUUUGGGUGGUCUAUCCAUUGUCGACGGUGUGUCCAUACAUUUUCUACCCGAAACUCGUGGCAAACAAAUUGCCGACACUAUUGCCGAAGCGGAACAAUUCAAUAUGCGGCCUAUUAUUAUUACUAUUACUACUACUACCUCUACCUCUACU